AUGAAUAAUAGCUUAUCUCAAAGAGUAUUAAUCCAGCCACAUGGUCAUCAUACUAAUUUAAAAGGACCAUCUUUAAGUGACGGCAACUGGCAUCCAAGUCUGCAUGACUCUCAGGAGUCUGAUUCUGAAAGCCUUACUCAAGAGAUACAAUAUCAGUUAGAACUUCAAAAACGGAUUUAUGAAAAUGAAGUACUGGUAGGCCAGUCUUCUGAUGAGCUGGAGAAUGACAGCUUAGAUGAAGAUAGUCUGGAGGAGAAAAGUCUGAAUGACUCAGAAGGAGCAAAUUAUGACAAAGUACAGUUUUCAAAUGGAAAAGAUUAUGGAAAACAUAAUGAAAGCAAACAGCAACCUACGGACAGAUACUGUAACCUAAGAUACAAUCCCAACUGGAAGAGCAAUAAAGAGGGAGCAAAAUUUUCUGAAGUGAAUAGAAGACACCACGUUGCUGAGAAAAUCCCACAGGGCUCCUCUCAGGACUCAUUUUACCUCUCUUCCAAGGACAUCUUGGAGGAAAAUUACCAGCUGGUAGAAAGACAAAAUGUAUCUUCUGCAUUUGAUACAGAAUUGUUAAGCCUUGAUGGUCAACCUGUUGGGAUAAGCAGUGUACCUUUUAGAUUGCAUACAAAAGGAGAGCUAUCAGCAGAUGAUUGUCAAUACAAACACAGUUCCAGUACAUACAGUGAUGUUUUUUCUCCUCGAUCUGUAGAAGUUCAGCAACAGGGAGCAAAAAGAGACUUUGUGGAAAAAAAUAAACUUACUUUGGGAUUAGCUACACAAAAACAGGAUUCUUAUCUUCAUCUGCACAGUAGAAAGCGAGAGGAAGUUCAUCAAGGGCAGGUUUCAGAUGUUAAAACUGCUGAUGAGAGGCUUAUUCAGAAUGCCAUUGACUUUCAAAGCAUGGCCAUGGAUCCUGCAGACAAAUGGCUCCAGAGGUCACACCAACUAAAGGAUCACCAAAAUAAACGACCCCAGGUAGACAGAACAAAAUUAAAUCGAGUGCUAAGAGAGAGAUCUUUACCAGCAAAUGAUGUCCAGCAUCCACCAGGAAGACUAGCAGAACCAAGACCUCAGCAUCACACACAUCGCAAUGUAUCAGAAUUUGAGAACUUUCAUAUGGAUUCAAACUCUUCUGAAGUGCUAGAACUUGAAAAAGAUGACAAUAGUUCACUGCAUAGUUGGUUACAAACAAAUCCCUUCGUUGGUCCAAUUACUCCUUUCGUUAAGACUAGUUCAGCAGCAGAUUGGGAGACACACUCAAAUACUUUACAAAAUAAUUCAGAUCUGGUAAACCGGAAUCAGAAGCAAAUCUCCAUGAACUUGGCUUCAUCAAGGCACCAUCUUGAACUAACAAUGCAUAAAAACGCUACUGGGUUGAAUUUAUCUCCAGCAUAUACUAGUGAAGAAAACAAGAAAUAUCAGCAAAACCCCAGAAACAGACCUCCGUAUAAUCAGCAACAUUUACAGAAUAGUUAUGUUUUGGAGCCUCUUCCACCUGAUGGGUAUGCCAAAGGUCACAUGCUCCUAAACCAGAAAAGCAUCGCAUCUACUUACAAUGCUAAUUUUCAAGAAUCAGUAAAAGACCAAGUUUCAACUCAGAAUCAUAGAAAGCAAUUUUAUAUAGACCAGAGCCGUCACAACAACUAUGCUACCAACAGCUUGUGGCCAUCCCAGUCAUCUGGUCAGAAGCCGCUAGCAAGCCCUUCUCCAACCACACAACUUAUACAGACAAUGGAACAACAUCAUCAAAAAAUCUCUCAACUGGAAGACACUCACCUUGCCGAAAGGCAGUUCUCUGGCUGGUUUCCACCUGUAAUCCCACGGGUAGAAAGUGACUCAGAGAUUAACACAGAAAGAAGUGAAGGAAACCGAGUGAAAAUUAGUCGCAGCAACUCAGAAGGGUACCUGCUGCAAAUGGAAAAGCAAAAACAGCUGAAAGAGAAAGGGACUAGGAAGCCUUCUAGGCCAAGAAACUACAUGAACCUGGAUGUGAAACUCGGAGGCCUUGGACCUGACUAUGAAGCAGUCAGAGAGAAAACAGAAAAGUUAAAUAAGCAAAAGGAAUAUGCAAAGCAAGUUAAGGAGCACAACAUGAAGAACGUUGCUACUGCGCAGAAACCACCAGCAAAACCUCAGAUCAAGUCAUCAUUAUCAAGACAUAAGGCUCUGGAAUAUGCUAAGAAGAUUCCUAAACCAAAACCGUUCUCAGCAAAACGAUCAGAUGAAGAACCAAAAGAGGAAAGAACUCCAGCACAUACUUUAAAAGGACAGAAUUUACCUCAAAUUUCCUCACUGAAAACUCUGCAAAACAGACAUGAAAUAGAGAAGCAAGUUGUGGCUGCUUUCAAAACCCUUCACAUUUUAUAA